AGCAGUGACGCUUGGAAGAGCCACUCCUUCGGACCGUUUUCCAACAGCUCUGUGAUAGGAUGUUAUCAGCACACACACAGACUCAGGGAUUUACAGAACUGGCAUUAUGUUGCAGCGACACACAGACCAAUGGGAUGAGAUUUAAAUAUGUUAUUGCGACAAACAGGAUAUAAAGAGAAAUCAGUUAAACGAAAUAGGACUCUAUUCGGUGUGCUACGGCGAAGCACAAUCUUUUUAAACAAGUUUUAGUAUUAGAAUAAGACACUUCACCCUCCGAAAAUAUUCGUCACAUAACUAAUACGUGAAGGGAAUGCUUAUCUUAUCGAGCUGUUGUCCCAUAGAAAGUAAACUGUACGUUUUAUUGUAAGGAUAAGCAGUAACGUGAUUCUCUGAAUCCUCUCGAUUCACGCGGACAGUCCCGCAUAGGACCACGUAUUUAUUGCUGAGCAGAAUUUGCCUUUUGAUCAGAAGACUGGUUUUAGUUAAAGAAGAAGAGGAAAUGAUGUCUGUCAGAAGAGUGUUGUGUGUGUUGGUUAUUAUUGCCUGCUACAGAAAUAUUUCAGCAGUUGGUAUUGGAGAACGCUGCAACCGAACUGUAGACUGCUUCCCACAAUAUGAAACACUUUGCAAAAGCGGUCUUUGUAGUUGCCUUGAGGGUUACGUGCCUAAAGCCGAUUCUUCUGGAUGUAAUCCUACUGUCAAGCAUGGUGGGAAAUGUGAGGAGUCUGUGCAGUGUAAUUACUCAAAUGAAACAGUGUGUCAGAGAGGUACAUGCCAGUGCAAGACCAGGUUCAGUUACAAUGGAGAGCGCUGUGUUGGAAAUAUUACCCUGGGCGAAGUAUGUGAUCAUGACACUGAAUGUGUAGCAGCACAUGACCUGAAGCAAGAGACAGUGUGGUGUUUCAACAAACAGUGUUCUUGUAAACGUGGGUUCAAGAGAGAGGAGGACAGAUGUGUUAUUGGAGGAGACUGCACAGCUGACUCUGAUUGUGCGGAUCUUGGGAACUCAAUGUGCAACUUACUGAUGCGUGAUAGGGCCAAUUGUGCAUGUACAGAUGGUUUCAUCCCUGUUGGAAAUAAUACCUGGUGCUUUCCAGUUGUCCAUGAACUUGGUACCGGAUGCGAGUAUGACGAACAGUGUUCAUAUAAAUUGGGACAGGCUGUGUGCAUACGUCAUCAGUGUCAGUGUGCUGUAGGGGCCAGCCUGACUAAGGAUAAAACUUGCAGUGCAGCAGUUAGCAGCGUCAUAUCCCUUUCAUGCUUUCUGCUGAUCUGGCUAGUGAAAGUAAUAUCUUGAAUAUCAAGAUACACCACAAAUUCCAGUGUAAUACUAUGUAUUAAUCACCAGUUCUUUAUAUUCCACCCAUAUGAAUGUUUGUGUUUCUGUAACUAGUAUGUAGAUUAGUAUCAUACAUUGGAACAGAGAAUAAAGUGUCUUAACAGUAUA